AUGCCUCAUUCCAUAAAUAGAGAAAUGAUACUUGGCAUUGUGGUGGGAACUGCUGGAAUCAGCUUGCUGCUUUUGUGGUAUCACAAGGUUCGUAAACCAAGGACAGCAGUGGAUUUACCUAAAUUUCUUUCUCUGGGUAAUUCACUUGAUUUGAUGACUUUGCAAGAUGAAAUGCCUAGUGGCCAAGGAACAACAGCGAUCUUUCAAGGAAGGCAGCUUCAAAUACUGGAGAAGUUAAAUGAAUUACUGACAAAUAUGGAAGAACUCAAAGAGGAAAUCAGAGUUCUUAAAGAAGCCAUUCCAAAGCUGGAGGAGUAUAUACAAGGUGAACUUGGAGGGAAGGUAACUGUUCACAAGAUAAGUCCUCAGCACAGAGCUAGAAAAAGAAGGCUUGCCACAGUUCAGAGUUCAGCAACAAGUAAUAGUUCAGAGGAAGCAGAAAGUGAGGGAGGGUAUGUUACAGCUAAUACUGACACCGAAGAACAGAGUUUUCCAGUCCCUAAGGCAUUUAACACUCAUGUGGAGGAAUUAAAUUUAGAUGCCCUUAUCCAGAUGGCUGAUAAUUUACGAGUGAAUGAGUCCAGAAAAGUGGAGAGUUUUGAGCUGCUUUGUGACCACAAAGAAAAGUUUAGAGAUGAAAUAGAGUUUAUUUGGCGGUUUGCUCGUGCUUAUGGAGACAUGUAUGAGCUAUCUACAAAUACACAAGAAAAGAAGCAUUAUGCUAAUAUUGGAAAGACAUUAGGUGAAAAAGCUAUUACGAGAGCACCCAAGAAUGGAUAUUGUCAUCUAUGGUAUGCAGUUUUGUGUGGCUAUGUAUCUGAGUUUGAGGGCUUACAAAACAAAAUUAACUACGGAUAUCGCUUCAAGGAACAUCUAGAUAAAGCAAUCGAAUUUUUACCUGAAGAACCCUUUUUGUAUUACCUCAAGGGAAGAUACUGUUAUGCUGUCUCAAAACUGAGCUGGAUUGAGAGAAAAAUGGCUGCUACUCUGUUUGGAAAUAUACCAUCCUCAACAGUACAAGAAGCUUUGCAAAAUUUCCUCAAGGUUGAAGAACUACAGCCUGCAUUUUCUAAGUCCAAUUACAUGUUCAUGGCCAAGUGUUAUGCCGAUCUUAAUCAAAUCGACAAUGCUGUGAAGUUCUGUAAUUUGGCGGUGUUGCUUCCUUGUAUUACCAAAGAGGAUAAAGAUGCUCAGAAAGAGGUGAAAAAAAUAAGCACUUCCUUGAAGAGAAUCAUCUGCUCAGGAAGACUUCUGGCAGUGGCUCCGACAGGAAGUUCCUCUGUGCUAAAGCUGUGGGUUGUUAUGAGACCUGGUUGCUUCCCACUCUUCAGUCUGCACAUAGGUGUAUCAGCUCCCACCCAGACACUGCCGGGAAGAGCAUCUUUCAGUUGGAACACUACUUGUGUCUCACGUGAGCCAGGGGGGCUGGGCCUAGACACACAGCUCACCCUCUAA